AUGGCAUCGACUUUCAAGGCAGUCCAUUUGAACCAUGAGAUCCCCGACCUUUCUGGUUCCUUUGAGAUCACCUGCCCGCCAGGAACCGAUAUCUGGGACAAGCCGCCAGCAACGCACUCGUUCAAUGCGCCAAUCAUCUACAAAACCAGCACAGUCGGCUCAUUCAAGUCCGCAAAAGUCACGGUGGCGGCACCCUGGAAAGACAAGUACGAUCAAGGCGGACUAUGUCUGGUCAUAAAAACAAGUGACACCACUCGCUGGGUCAAGACGGGCAUUGAGUUCCUCGACAAUGUGCCGUUGGUCGGCACUGUGGCAAAGGAUCGGUGGGCAGACUGGAGUCUCAGGCCUUUGCUAGCCGAGACCCUAAGUAUUGAACACACUGCCAUUGUGGAGAUGGAGAAUGCCAGCGACGGGAGCCUCUGGGUCUGGCUUGUCAGUGAGAGUGGGAAGAGGUUACCGUUGAGAGAAGUGACUUGGUGGGGAGAUCUGCCCAAGGAGACGGAGAUUUGGAUUGGCGUCUACGCUGCAAAACCGGCACCACAUGGAGAGAAGGACGAUCUGGUUGUGACGUUUGAGGGGUUGGAUAUUCAGUAG